AUGACUGGAAUCGCUUUACUCGGAGCCGGUUUGUUUGCCAAAGAGGCUCACCUGCCUGCGUUGGUGAGAUUGCGGGCGAGUCUGCUGGCAGUGUAUUCACGCUCCGCUCGGUCGGCACAGACCGUCCUCGCAGCGGCUGGCGAAUUGGGCGCCGCAAUUUCGAACAUUGAUGUCUAUGCCGAUGAAUUGGAAGCCGAAGGAAAGGGGCUUGCGGCAUUGCUGCAGCGUUCGGAUAUCGGCGCUGUGAUCGUUGCAUUACCAAUUCUCGUCCAGCCAGACGUGGUUCGAAAAUGCCUCGCUGCCGGCAAGCAUGUUUUGUGCGAGAAACCUGUUGCAAAAGACACAAAGUCGGCGCUUGAGCUGGUGAAAGACUAUGAGCGCGACUAUCUCUCUCGAGGACUGAUAUUGUCAGUUGCUGAGCAAUUCCGCUACGAUCGCGCCUUUACUCGUGCUCGUGAACUCGUGGCCGACGGCCGUAUCGGCAAGCUUAACCACGUCCACGCUCGUGUUUGGGGCAAAAUUCAGCCUGGAGACAACAAAUGGUACGAGACCGAGUGGCGCAAGACACCCGAGUACCAGGGAGGGUUCAUCCUUGAUGGCGGCGUGCACUUUGUCGCGCUGAUUCGAUAUGUUUCCGGGCGUGAAAUCACGAAGACGGUCAGCCUUUGCCGCCAGACUUAUCCUCAUCUGCCUCCGGUUGAUACCGUUAACGCGGCGAUCCAAUUUGAUGACGGCGCGUCGGGCUCUCUAAGCUUCUGUUUUGCUUCUACCAAGGGCACCUUUGAGUUCAUCUUCGUUGGCGAACAAGGCGCCCUCACGAUCAAGGGCGCGGAUGGUAAAGAUGAUACUCAACGGAUUGUCCUUGAAAACCUAGAGGGCAAGGCCAUAGUUGAUGAGGAGAUUGUGGGUGAAGGUAUUUAUGAGGAGGUCAAAGCGUUCCUGGGUUCUUGCGCUGGCGCUACACAUGACGAGAAAGCAGGAGCUCGUGAAGCAAUAGCAGAUAUUGCUGUCAUUGAAAGCAUUUGCGCUGGUGGAGGCUCCAUUGAGGUAUUCCACCCGGGACGGUAA